CUGCUGCCGACAGGAGGGGAGAGCAGGGCAACGUGAAUGGGGCAGCAGAGGCUCGGGAGGCAGACGUCAGCUUCCGUGUUAGCUUGGGAUGGGCCUGCCGUGUGGUUAAGUCCUUAAGGAUUUCCCAGGCUGGGAGGCAGGAUGUUGCCAAGCACAACUGUAACCAGAUAUCCGGUGUGCUUGUGAGGGAGAGAGCUGCUCCUGUCGUGGUUUAGAACCCCGGAGCCAGGAGCCCGCCGGGAGGCCUGGUCAUCUCCUUGUCCUUGCCCCUGAGAACAUUUCAGCGUUUCCUUCUUCUUUUCUUGCACUUUAUCCAGGCUCUGUCCCUCCCUUCAAGGCCCCUGGGCCUGGGCACUGGGCCAUUUCUCACCCCCCUGCACCUAGGUUUAAACAUUAGUGAGAAGCUAUCAGCUCAGGCCUGUGGGAGGAGCUGAGUUACACUUGGGCCAGCUUCACCCGCUUCGCCAGAGCACCCUGGUUCCUGGCUCUGUGUGCCUUGGAAAAUGCCUGUGGAAGAGUUUGUGGCUGGUUGGAUCUCUGGAGCUGUGGGCUUGAUACUGGGACACCCCCUAGACACAGUGAAGGUGCGGCUGCAGACCCAGAACACGUAUCGGGGCAUUGUGGACUGUGUCAUCAAAACCUACCGCCGGGAGUCCGUCCUGGGCUUCUUUAAGGGAAUGAGUUUCCCCAUCGGCAGUGUGGCUGUGGUCAACUCUGUCCUCUUUGGAACCUACAGCAACUCCCUGCUCCUGCUCAGCUCCACGUCCCACCAGGCCCGAAAGACCCAGCCCCCUAAUUACGGCCACAUCUUUGUGGCUGGCAGCAUUGCAGGGUUUGUGCAGGCCUACUGCUUGGCUCCUUUUGACCUCAUCAAAGUUCGACUGCAGAACCAGACGGAGCCCCGGGCUCGACCGGGAGUGGCCCCAUCCCAGUACAGGGGUCCCCUGCACUGUGCCAGGACCAUCCUCCGGGAGGAGGGGCCCCAGGGCUUGUUUCGGGGAGCUUGGGCUCUGGUACUGAGGGAUACACCUACUCUGGGCCUCUAUUUUCUCACUUAUGAGGGUCUCAGUUGGUGGCUUACUUCAGACAGUAAGGAACCUGGCUCAGCUACAAUGCUGGUGGCUGGAGGCUUUGCAGGGAUAAUAUCCUGGACCACAGCCACUCCUUUGGAUGUGGUCAAGGCACGGAUGCAAAUGGAUGGGCUUAAGCAGCGAGAGUACCGGGGGCUGCUAGAUUGCAUGGUGAGCAGCGCUCGGCAAGAAGGGCCAGGCGUCUUCUUCAAGGGAUUGACCCUCAACAGCGCCCGGGCCUUUCCUGUCAAUGCCGUGACCUUCUUCAGCUACGAGCAUCUCCUCCGGCUCCUGAGCUGAGCUUUCUGGGUGGUGUCAGUUGCUCCCCCAGCAAGUCCUAACUCUGAGAGACUGAAUCCCAAUUUGGUACCCCAAAUCUGGUGUCCGCAGUGGAGGAAGGAGGCCAGCCAAUCUGCCUCCACUACCUAAACUGGGCAAAAUGACUUGUUCCUUUGGUGGCAGGAAUCGGGUUCCAACUGGCUUGGAUAGAAGUGACCCACCAAGAAUGGGAUGGAGGGAACACAGGCAAGCAUACAGGACAACCAGCAGACUGCUCUGCGCCUCACCUGCCUUGUCUGUACGGUGCCGGGGGCAGGGUGAUGGUGGUGGCCUGCAUGGCCACUGAGGGCCCUUCCAGCUCUCGAUGAGGAUCCCGAGAGAGGGAGGUGAUGCGUGCUUACUUGUAUGAUCUGGGUCUGACCACUGCCUCACAUCCCAGUCCCUCCCCUAGGGCUUAAGAGAAUAUCAUCAAAAGUUGCCACGUGUGGCCAAAAAACAUCUCCCACUGCAGCCAGCCAGGAGACAGGCCUGUCCUCAGCGGACAGCAAGCCCGACCCUGAGUUCACACCCGAAGCCUUUCUCGCCUGGUAGGACCUGCUACAGCUGAUGCACCACAGUUGAGAACCCGACGCCUCCUCUACCCUGCUGGAGGUUGGCAUAAGUGGUGGGGGUGGGUCAUAAAUAAAGGCUCAUUCCUUUCCCCUUCACUUCUCCUCUUUCUAGUCUUAGUGGACCAGAAACCGAAUGAGCCAGUAUCUUUCCUGCUAACAUACGAGCUGGAGAGUAGCUCUUCCUUACAUUUGCCUUGGCCUUGGUCAAACCCUGUGUCUGAUUUGGGUUUCUACAUUUUAAAAAUGGUAAGGAAAUCAAAGGGUUAGAAACAUAAGCCCUGAGGAGAAAGACUAGCAGCAUGGAAGCUCAUUAUUGUGGAAAAUAGAAGGCCAAGCAAAGACUUCAUGGGCGUCUCCGGAAAUAUAAGGAAUUCUCACGAGCCUAGAACAUUAACUAGUUUAUCUCCAGCGAGGACAAAAAGAGAGGUCAAGGCUAUUAUGUUUCACCAAGAAAUUAAGAUUAGAUCCAAGGAAGAACCAUGUGCCUGUAAGAAAACUCAACACUGGAAAAGCUCCUGAGGGAGGAAAUAGAAUCUUUAUUCUUGAAGACCUUUUAAAAAUAGAAAUCAGUUCAUCCCUGACCUUCCUAGAGGCAGGGGCCAGAGAAGAUGACCUUCCAGCUCGGUAAUUCUAGGGGAAAGAUUACUCUGAUUCUACCUAGAGAGCACUAGCUACAGGGUCAGAAGACUAGGGUUCAGAUCCUGGCUUGGCUGAUUGCUAGAUCUGCUACUUCCUCGCUAUGUAACCUUGGGCAAGUCAUUGCUGAGCUUCCCAGCAUCAUCCGUAAAGGGAACAGUGGACCCCAUGCUCCCUUGCAGCUCUUACUCGUCUGAUCUCAUUAUUAGUUCAGAAGACACUCCCGGCUAUGGUUUUCCUUUGGGUUCUUCCUCCUGAGCCCUGUAACAAAGCGGGUCAGUGACAGCAGGGCACUGCCUAACCUAAAGUCUGAAAUGGAAAUUUCAAGGGGUUUUGGAGUAUUUUCUUACAGUGGCUCAAAAUCUUGGGGCGAAAAAAGGAGGGAUGAGGAGGAAAACCAUACCUGUGUAGUCUUGAAUCCCAAAGUACCCUGGAACAAGGGACUGUCCUCAAACUAUUGAAUGCUUCCUUCCUCCCCCAUUCUAGCUGAAUAACAAAUCUGUAUAAAGUUGUAAAUGAA